GCUUCCGGUCCACACUUGAAAUUCUUCCCCACUGACUCUGUUAUAUAUGUGUUGUGGUAAACUCGGACCCCAGGUCAAUUUAUACAUGUGGAUGUCUGCCUAGCUAAUUAAUGUCCUGAACGUUAUUAUUAACACAGUACCUCUCACUGAGUCGGUGCUCUGUUCAGUCAGCUGUUCAGCGCGGUGAGUCAGAAUCUGCAGAUUGCUUUCUCUGCUUUAAAGGCACUUAAUAAGAUCUGAACCAAAAUGGCAUCUCCCCCUACACCCUCACCCCAUGACCGCAGCAGACCAGAAGAUGAAAAUGAUCCAGUGGAACAGAUGAUUUUAAGGACAGGCUGUGCAAACCUGCAUUAUGCACUCCAGGAUUGUAUGGCAGAGCACCAAGACUGGAGAAAAUGCCAAACACAGGUCAAGGACUUCAAAGAUUGCAUGACGUCAUACCAAAAUGUUCAGAAAGCUCGGUUGUUGAAGCAAAGACCAUCAGAGUCGGACUCAAAAAGUCAAUUGACAGCCUCUGAUUAAGAAAUUGUUAAUGCAUAAUGAUGUAACUUUAGCCUGUUAAAUUUACAUUGUGGACAGUUCACCAUUGAUGUUAUUUACUUUACUUGUGGAACAUCAAAUAAAACAUUUCUCCUUAAGAUUUA